UGUCUCUUACCCAUUUUCUAGAACUACCUAUUUUCAGAUCACCGAUUUACAUUAACCCCCUCUUCUGUAACCACUCUCUCUUUCCUUCUCCCUGCUUCCCUUCGCAUUCAAGAGGCAGGGAAUUUGGGAGUGCUUUUUUUGUUUUGUGCCCUGUAUGAUAUGAGUGCUUGAUUCUUCUAAUCCUUUGCUUCAACUCCUGAAAAGCCAGCAUAAGCAAUCAACCCAAGCGACGCCAUGUCUGAAGGUUCUUUCAAGAAGAAAGCAAUCAAUGCCUCAAACAUGUUUAGGAAUUCUUUGACGAAAAAAGGUAGGCGAAGUAGCAAGGUCAUGUCAGUUGAAAUUGAGGAUGUUCACGAUGCUGAGGAGUUGAAAGCAGUUGAUGAAUUCCGUCAAGCUCUUAUAUCCGACGACCUACUCCCUGCAAAUCAUGAUGAUUAUCACAUGAUGCUAAGAUUCCUGAAGGCCAGGAAAUUUGAUCUUGAGAAAACAAAGCAAAUGUGGUCUGACAUGAUCAAAUGGAGAAAGGAAUUUGGUGCUGAUUCUAUUACGGAGGACUUUGAAUUCAAGGAAAUUGACGAAGUCUUAAAAUAUUAUCCCCAAGGACAUCAUGGAGUAGACAAAGAAGGACGACCUGUAUACAUAGAGAGAUUGGGACAAGUAGAUGCCACCAAGCUAAUGCAAGUCACAACCAUGGACCGCUAUAUCAAAUACCAUGUAAAGGAAUUUGAGAGGACAUUUGAUAUAAAGUUUGCAGCUUGUUCGAUUGCUGCUAAGAAGCACAUCGAUCAAAGCACAACUAUCCUGGAUGUGCAGGGAGUGGGGCUUAAAAGCUUCACCAAAAAUGCUAGGGAACUCGUUACUAACCUUCAGAAGAUUGACGGUGACAACUAUCCAGAGACCUUGAAUCGCAUGUUCAUCAUCAAUGCAGGUUCUGGAUUUAGAAUACUGUGGAACACCGUAAAAUCCUUCCUUGAUCCUAAGACCACAGCAAAAAUCCAUGUUCUUGGCAACAAGUAUGACACUAAAUUGCUUGAGAUAAUUGAUGCAAGUGAGUUGCCUGAGUUUUUAGGAGGUACUUGUACAUGUGCUGAUCAAGGAGGAUGUAUGCGCUCUGAUAAGGGCCCAUGGAAUGAUAUUGAAAUAAUGAAGAUGGUUCAGAAUGGUGAUCACAAAUGUUCAAGAAAAAGUGAGUCUCGUGUUGAGGAAGAGAAAGUAGUUUCAGAGGAACACGAGACUUCCAAGGUGGAGGAAAAUCUCACCUCACAGGUUUCUCCAGUUUGUGAAGAGGUCCCUGCUAUUAAAGCUUCCAAGCAAGAGGACUCAAUCCCGGUGGCCGAUAAAACUGCUUUGAAAAAAGUCGACCAGAUUGACACAGCUGCAGCAUCAGAAGAGUUUAUGACUGUGAUGAAACGCAUGAAAGAUUUGGAAGAGAAAAUGAAAAUCAUGAAUCAUCAGUCUCCUACCAUGCCACCUGAGAAGGAGGAAAUGCUGUAUGCUACUAUAAGUCGUGCCGAUGACUUGGAGAAACAACUUAUGGCCACCAAGAAGGCUUUAGAGAAUUCACUUGCUCAGCAAGAGGAGCUUUCGGCUUAUAUUGAGGAAAAGAAGCAGAAAAAGAAGAGAUCGUGGCUGUUCUGCUGGUGAGUUCGAUAUUAUGGAUGCCCAAACAAGAGGUCAUGUAGUUCUGCUGUUACUUUCUGCCUUUCAGGAGACUUCCCAAGUGCCCUCUUACAUAAAUGUUCAACAUAAGAACUAGUAAUUUUUUUACAAAAAACACGAGAAGAAAAGGAUAUGCUCAAUAUAUGCAUUAUGCUACUCAGGAAUUUUGGUCUCUAUUAGGAUAGGACUUGCUCUGUAUGUAUAUAGGGGAGGCUAUGCACAAUAUGCAAAGGCAGUCCUAUUACUUCCGUACAGGAAUCAAUAUCUAGUACAAAAUUA